UUUGAUCCCACUCUCCUUCAACCUCGUGCCGAAAUGACCUAGGGCUAGAUGCUGAACUUCAUAUUUCCCCUGAUGCCUGUGCCGGUUUAUGUGAGUGUAUGUUUAGUCGUGCACAUAGAUGCACUGUAUGAAUACGUGUGAAUGGCAAAACUGUACAGUAAAGUGGUUUGAGUGGCCAAAGGCUUGUGUGAACAGGUGGGGUUUAUUUGGCAAAUAGAUUAAUAGGGAGUACAAACUAAAUAAACUUCAUUCUACUUGGUCAUUUUACUCAGAUAGAACCUGUGGUUGUUGUUAGUUUCCCUCAGGUUGUCUGGUUUCAGUUUUUUGUUGUUGGUCAAGAUUUAGGCAACAAAACUAAUUGUUUCAGUUUGAUAAAAGAUCUCAGUUCAUGUCAAAAUAGUCGUGCACGAGAAGCAAACUUCCCCCAGGUACCAAACCUGCCUGAACAAAAAGACAAUUCAAACAUCAGCCCAGGAGUUCAAUGGCCUGUGUGGCCUUCCCCUCUGCAUCUCUAUCGCCUUCCUCCCUAGGACCUCUGGGAAAUGUAGUCCUCCAUGCUAUGCUGGCCAUCUUAUGUUUCUAACCUUUUGAGUUGCCAUAUGUUGUAAUCCUGCACAGUCACAGAAAUACGUCUGUCAUGGUCCGAUCACACGGUGCUUCACUUAUCAUGCGAGUGUUAUUGAGAUGCAGAGACGAUAGCUUCUGGUGAAACUACAUAUCCCAGGUUGCUGCUGGCCUCCUGCGCUUGCUCAGUGCACACGAGCGAGGAGAAGACGGUGGAAAAUGACCGCGGGGAGGCUCUCAUCUGGGGCUGGGAUCAGACUACAUCACAAUGAAACACGUCUUCAUUUAAUGAAAGCAACAGCCUUGUCUGCCGUGAGCGUCCACCGAGCUGCCCCGGAGGAGACCUGCUGACCCCCGGAGGCUUCUAUUCAUCGGGUGUGCGUCGGGAAACCAGGGACACAGCGAUCACCGUUAGUUGUUCUCACCCGCAGCCAGAAUGCCGCGGGACAACAAAACUCCUCUGAUCCAGAAGAUAGCGAAGCAGGCCUACAUCACCUACAAGGGCCUCAAGUCCUCGGCCAACGUGGCGGACGCACAGAGUGAACUCAUCUCCUUAGUGACCGCGGUCCGGGCGGCAGACCUGAAAAUCGCUCCCCGGAAAAGCAAGCCGAGCUCAGGGGCGGCGGAGCUCCAGGGCCCCCCGGUCACCUACAUGCACAUCUGCGAGACGGAGGUCUUCAGCAUGGGGGUGUUCCUGCUGAGGUCCGGCGCCUCCAUACCGCUGCACGACCACCCGGACAUGAACGGGAUGCUCAAGGUUCUCUAUGGGAAAGUGAGUGUCCGCUGCUUCGAUAAACUGGAGGAUAACUUGACUGUCAACUCCGUCCCCCCUCAUUUUGAUCCUCCACUGGCCCCGCUUCAGACAGCCUCCCUUUGGCGCUCCAUCCUGCGAUCAGUCGCUGAGUACUCAGAGAACAGCGGGCCGUGCUUCCUCACCCCUCUGAGGGAUAACCUCCACCAGAUCGAUGCAGUGGAAGGGCCAGCUGCUUUCCUGGAUAUCCUGGCGCCGCCGUACAAUCCAGAUGAUGGGCGGGACUGUCACUAUUUCAAAAUCCUGCAAACUGUGGCAGACAGGGAAGCGGAUGGGAAGAGCAACGAGGAGCAGCAGGGAGAGGAGCAGGAGAAAGAAGAGGAGACAUGGCUACUUGAAGUCCCUCAGCCAGAGGACUUCUGGUGUGGUGGGGAGCCGUAUCCAGGCCCUGCAGUUUCUAUCUGAAUGAUUACAGUAGCCUUUUACAGUAAGAAUGUUGUGAUAUUCGUCCAUUCCACAACUCUGAACUGUGUUUAACCCCCUUCCACACAAAGGUCAAACAUAAGGGUCACUAUUACCUGGAACUCAAAGAUCAUGAGUGCCUUGCUCAAGGAUGCUACAGCAGGGCAGAAGCUUACAGACGCAGGGGCUGUGAACUUUGACACCCCACCUAGAAGAGGGACAACUGGACCUUCCUCUAAACUCAGUACUGCUGCAAGCUUUGACAGCAGACAUCCCCUUUCAAAUGAACUAAUGUCAUCACCCUGACGUUCUGUCAGUGGUGGGGUGUCACCAGAGUCUCUGAUUUGUGUCCUCACACAAGAUGUCUGACUGUACUACCGAGGACUACCACACUGUGUCUUAAUGCCAAAGCCUGUAACUCCAGUCACCUGCCUUAUUUGUGAAUAUUGAAUGUAUGCUUCUUUAUCAGUGCCAUUUUUAUUGUACACACUAAUUUCUUCUUCCAAAGUGCACACAUCAUAUAUAUAUAUAUAUAUAUAUAUACUUCAGCUCUAUUUUAUAUGUGUUUAACUUAUUCCAGAUGACAUGGUUCCUACACAGGUCUGGACAGUUAAGGGAAAAAGCUGAUGUUCAGCUCAUUCUACAUAUCUGGUCAUGUGUUGACAUUUCAGCUCAUGUAAUUGAAUCCAGUGAUAUGACGUGUGUGAUGUAUCGCAUUAAAGGACAGAGUGAAAUCUUUCAAUCCAGUCUAAAAGUAACGUUUUACAUUUAACAGAAAGAAGCUGUGUUAGGGAACAUGAACAUUUUCAUGGUGUAAAGCAACACUCUUCUUCACUACCUUUUACUUGUAGAUUCAUUAACACUACAUCUUUCCUGUCUGUAUGUUACAUAACUGUAGUCAAUAUGACACUCUCCUGGCCUCGGAUAGACUCAGGUCUAAGUGCCAGUCUACCGAGGAUUCUCAUACUCUGGUGAAUGUAUGUGCAACAAUAAAGUGAAUGGAAAUUCUUG